GCAGCUUUUUCUGCACUUAGUUAAGCAGUGCAGAACCCUUUACAUCUUUACUCAAACUGUAAUGAUGUUGUAUUUGAUUAUUCUUUUGCAGCUUUUGCUUUUGGGGAUCAAUGGUAUAAAGGAUACACAGAUGGAAACUCUGUGCUCUAGCAGUGCCUGCUACACAGCACAUCUCGACAGGGUUGAUUUUGAAAGGGCUUUGCAGAAUUGCAAAACUAACGGAGGAAAUUUGGCAACGGUAAAGAACAGUGAAGAGGCUUCAGAGCUGCAGUCACUCCUGUCUAGAAUCAGCGCUGAACAGUCAACUGACAACCUUCAAUUCUGGAUCGGGCUUCAUCUCAGAAAGGGAGACUGUAUUCAUGCCCUUACACCACUGAAAGGUUUUGCUUGGUUAUCGGUAGAUGAAGUCGCACAUUAUUCUAACUGGAAAGAAGAACCGAUGACCACAUGCACAGCACAGAGGUGUGUGUCUCUACAAUAUAACCCAUCCUCUGCAAACAGUGACAACUUCAAGUGGUCUGAUAGGACAUGCACGAAGGAUGCAGAUGGGUAUCUUUGCAAGUUUAAUUUCAAAGGAAUGUGUAAAGCUAUACAUCUUGCGGGACCUGGGGAGCUUUUCUACACAACCCCAUUUGUCACCAAGCCCUUAAAUUCCAGUACUGCAUUUUUACCCCGGGUACCACACGGUACUUUUGCAAGUGUGUACUGUAAAGAAGAAAAGUAUUUGUAUGGUAUCUGCACCAUAAACAAGGAUGGGUUAUUUGGCUGGACGAUUUCUGGCCCAUUUUGUGACUCUCACAAGUUGGGCUGCAGCUUCAGAAACGGGGGAUGCGAUCACAUCUGUGUUGACGAAGGUGCUGGAAGGCAUCGCUGUGAAUGCAAUGAUGGAUACCAGCUCGGGGAAGAUGAACUGUCCUGUAUAAUCAGGGAUUAUUGCCAACCUUUACCAUGCGAAUACCAGUGUAUUGCCCAUUUUAAAGGAUUUGAAUGCAAAUGUCCUUCUGGGUUUGAACUCACUGAUAACCAAAAGAACUGCACUGACAUCGAUGAAUGUUUAAACAAACCCUGUGAUCACAAGUGCAUAAAUGCACAUGGGAGUUUCAUCUGCCAGUGCACAAAAGGAUAUGAAUUAGUCAGCGGGAGGUGUCAUGAUGUAGACGAGUGCAUUCAGUCUAUGUGCUCUCAGGGCUGCCUAAACUCACCCGGUUCAUUCUCCUGUUACUGUACUGAGGGAUACAUAUUGGCAGAGAAUGGACAAUCCUGUGUUGAUAUUGAUGAGUGUCAAGGCUAUACUAACCCUUGUGAAGAGAUCUGCAAAAACAGUCCUGGUAGCUUUAAGUGUUCCUGCAAGGAAAAAUUCACAAUGGCACCAGAUGGAGUCUCUUGCAUUCCAGAACAGAAUCUGGAAGCCACGACAAUAGCAGCUGGAGAAAGGAAUAGAGCUGUGAAUAUACCUAAUAAUAAGGAUAAUCUCGAGACAGUGACUCUAGCACCAACAUUUACUUCUGGUGGUAUUUCUAAAAAAAUAAAUAAAAUUGAACUAACACGUACCACAGAUCAACACUUGCAAAUCUCCACAACCGCAACAGUUAAAAACUAUCCUCCUAAUGAAGACCACCAUGACUUACCCAGUGAAUCUGGGAAUCGGGUACACCUGGUUAAUGGUGCUGACAAAUCAUUGAUGCUGACUUCUGUGCUGGGACCCGUUGUCAUCGUAUUACUUUUAAUUGCAGCAGGCACCUCCUUGGUACUGGCGUAGCAAAGCACUUAAAAAAGAUGCAAAUAAGCGAAGAAAAUACCACAGACAACUACUGCUGGAUGUCAUCUGGAAAUAAUACAAAAACCAGACAGACUAAGGACUAUACAACAGAACAUGUAUAAUACUUUUGGCAUUAACUGUAGUUUUUAGGCACUAACUAGUUUUAAAAGAAGCCAAUAUGUUGUAGCAUACAAGUGAUUAUUAUUACAGGUAAAAAAAUAUAUAUAUUUGGACACAUUGGCAAGCAUUGGCAAAAUGCCCACAAAACGCAUGCAAUAGCUUACUACUAAAUUGUGCAGCAUUAAAAUGUUAAAGCCUGUGUUCUUCCAAAAUACAGUACAGCACUGCAAAAAAAAAAAAAAAAAUCUGAAAUAAAAUUUAAAAAAAUAAUAAUAAAACACUUUUGGGGCUUUUUUGUUAUUUAUACCAUGUACCUAAUGUUGUUCCUGCAGAAAAGAUCAUACUGCAUUUACUGUACGUAGCCUUACAUAAGGUAACAUUGUAAUGUAAUGUAUUAUUAUUUUAUUUCUUAGCAGACGCCCUUAUCCAGGCCGACUUACAAUUGUUACAAGAUAUCACAUUAUUUUUACAUACAAUUACAUAAUUUUUUUACAUACAAUUACCCAUUCAUACAGUUGGGUUUUUACUGAAGCAAUCUAGGUAAAGUGCCUUGCUCAAGGGUACAGCAGCGUCCCCCCACCUGGGAUUGAACCCAUGACCCUCUGGUCAAGAGUCCAGAGCCCUAACCACUACUCCACACUUCUGCCAAUCAGGGUCUAUGAUCCAGAUCUAUACAUUGCAUUUAUGAAUGCUGAAAUAUUUGUGGUUACAGCAGACCUCUUAUUUCCUGAUUUGUAUUGGUAUGAACAUUUUCGCAUUUAAUUUUGACCUAUUUUUUACUUCGAUGCUUUUAGAAAGAUUUAUUAUUUUGUUGUUAUAAAAUCUAAAACAAUGUUUCCAUAUCCUGCCUUUGUGGGUUUGAUAAAAAAAAAAUAGCUCUCAUGUGCAAUUACUGAACUCUGUAAACAGGACACUGCAGUUGAAAGCUAUUGUGGCCCUUAACAAUCAAUUUACAAACGACGGUAAUGAAGACAAAAGAGCCAUGUGUUACUGCAUAUGCCUGUUCUAAUUAAGAGGACAUGUGUACUGUGUACCUUGGAGAAAAUGUUUAUUGGCAUAGAGAUGGUUUAAACGUUUUUUCUGUAUGUCAUCUCAGUUUCGCUUAUAGCUAGUAAACCCAAUUGUGAUGGAACUAAGGACCUACUAUAGCACAAGGCACUAAAUGUAGCAUAAUAUCAGGGUAUAGAGAGGUUGUCUGUCCUUCGGACUGUCUGUCACACUUACAUUUUUAAAUAUAUAUGGUUAGGGCUCUGGCCUCUUGACCGGAGGGUCGUGGGUUCAAUCCCAGGUAUGGGACACUGCUGUUGUACCCUUGAGCAAGGUACUUUACCUAGAUUGCUCCAGUAAAAACCCAACUGUAUAAAUGGGUAAUUGUAUGUAAAAAUAAUGUGGUAUCUUGUAACAAUUGUAAGUCACCCUGGA